AUGAACAUCUAUGCCAGCGCUCAGCAAUUGCUUGAUAGUUAUUCAUGCUUUACCGAUACUUGGUAUGAAUUGGAACGUUAUCUGCGUGAUGAACCCAAAUUGCAAUCAUACAAGAAAAUUCAUUCCGAAAUCGAUACAGCAUGGGAUUUGCUGUCGGCGCCGGCACGCAUUUUCGAAGAACUCAAAAUCAAAGAACAAAAUCUCGAUUCAGUCUCCACAACGUCGUCAGUGUCCUCAACAUGUUCGGGCAUGUCUUGGGAUAGCAGCGGCUCGCAAGCCCUUAGCUGUUCGGUUGUGGUCAAAAAGGAGCGCAUCGACGAAGAUGAAGAUGAAUUGCAUUCGGAUAGUUACGAGGAGAAGUUCACUGCCUCUGCGUUGGCCAGCUCGCUAGGUAAUGCCGCCGCAACUUCGCUGGCGUACUCACCAUGCGGCUCUGCCUCUAGCACACCCACACCAAUCGUGGGCAGCAUUAAUGCCGCACAAAUCGGUGCCACACUGUCGACGGUGUCGACCGAGAAGGGCAUCAAACUGCGUGUGAUCGCUACGAAGGCGCACCAUAAAGGCGCUAGUAAUCGUGCUAAUAGCAUUAAUGUGAGCAUCAGUAGUGGCCAUAAUAACAGCAAUCAAAGUAGUAGUGGUAGCAGCAGCAGCAAUGGCAGCAGUAGCAGUACAAGUCCGCAUGAUUAUAUAUUGCCGACAUUAACGCCGCCAUCAUCACCCGAAUCGAUACGCACCAGCAACACAAAUAACGCCCAGCAGCAGCAGCAGCAGCAGCAACAGCAACAUCAACAGCAACAACAACAACAGCAGCAAAUUGAUGCAAGCACUUUAAGUGCCACCGAGUUAGCUGCACUUAUUCAGCAGCAGCAGCAACAACAACAACAGCAACAACAGCGUCUCAGCCAAACGCAUUACUCCGCUGCAACGCCAACUUCUACCGCCAUACUACGCUUCUCCAGCGCCGUUACGACUUUGGUCAACAGCGGCAAGAAUCCUACACUCACGUCGACAACAGUUCCUCUGCUACAACAGCAACAACAGCAGCACCUGCAACAACAGCAACAACAAAAGUCACAUAUGAGUAUACAAACUGCCAGCGCCGGUACAAACACAGACCCCCAACCGCCGCAACCAGCAUUGUCACAGCCAUCGGUAUCGUCUUCAUCCACAUCCCCUUCAACGGUACAUACAAACAUUCCGCGCAGCACCAUUGUUCGUCUCACAUCGGCGAAUGGCACCAAGAGUGGAGCCAUCAGUUUGGCGCGUGUCAUACAAAUGCAGAACAGCGGCAGUGGGAGUGUGGCAGCGGCAAUGUUGACGACGGCUACGUCUAAACAGCAACAACAACAAAUUCAACAGCAUGUGAUGAAUAUGGCGGUUACAGCAGCGCAGAUUGCCCAGCGCGGCACACAGUUGCAGAAUCCGCAAGUAACUGCAUUGACCACAAAGAACCACCAGCGACUACAUGAUCACAGCCCCGAUGCUAAGCGUCGGAUACACAAGUGCCAAUUUUUGGGUUGUAAAAAAGUCUAUACCAAAAGCUCACAUCUGAAAGCGCAUCAAAGAACGCAUACUGGCGAGAAACCAUAUAAAUGUUCUUGGGAGGGAUGUGAGUGGCGUUUCGCACGCAGCGAUGAACUGACGCGUCACUAUCGCAAACACACAGGCGCAAAGCCAUUCAAAUGCCGUAACUGCGAUCGCUGCUUUUCACGUUCCGAUCACUUGGCGUUGCAUAUGAAGCGUCACAUGUAA